AUGUCCUUUGUGUGUAGAGGCCUGCCGCGAAGCGAACGGCUCCUUCCACUAGAGUCCACAGAGGUUCUCGGCUCGACUGAUUCAUUUCUCCUGCACGUCCUUCACCGUCGCCACGACGGAGACGGGGACGCAGGCGAUGCGCCGUGGCAUAGCAAGCGGCUGCGCGAGCACGUGUCGCUGUACUGGGAUCAGCAGCACACGUACCACUCUUAUCACCGCACGCUGCUGCACGCGGUGCGAUCGACGCGCGGCCCGGUGCGCUUUGCCGGUUUUCCGCAAGUGCGGACUGCGCCGAAGCGCACGGGCGUGGCGUCAAGAGCGGCACCCGCUCCGGAAUUUGAUUGGGCCGAGUGCACCGGAGCACGAGCCUCAGCGAAUGGCAGUGCUUUCCCGCCGUCUCAACUUGGCGCGGAAGCCGCCACGGCCGCAUCCUCAUCUCCGCCACAAUCUGCCGAGGGCGUGUUGCCGCCGCCACGCUCACUCGCGGCGUGGAACUGGAUAUCUCUGGUUGCUCCGUACGAGCGGCUGCUGUGUCCCUCGCUGCUGUACAGCGCAUUGCUUUCUCCCUCUGUCGGCGGAUGCACAUCUCUAUACUACGCCACACAGCAACCAUUGCCAGCACCUGAGGCUACUGCUACACCUGCUCCCACUGGGUGUGUGCGCGCGCGGUGGAGCACGCACACGUGCCAAUCCCUAUGGACCUUGCACUCCUUCGCUGCCGAGGCUUCGAUACCGGCGCAGGAAGUGUACGUUAUGUGCGCGGGCACGAUCAUGUACCUCGACGUCAUCGUGACAGCUGGCAGGGUUUGGUCCGAGCUCGAGGGCCUGUGGGGCAACGACCUCAUCGUCGAACUUGAAAGAGAGCACGCGACGAUGCAGACGGGCUGCCCUGAAAACAGCGAAACCGAGACCCGCCUGCAGCUGAGCUCGUUGAAGUCGUUCCUCUCUCAGCCUCCGCAGACAUACGCGGAUAUGCUUCAGCACGUGCGUGUAUUGCUGGAAGCUCUCGCACGCACCACCACAGCAGCCGCAAGCUCCAAUGAGCCCGCGGCGCCCGAAGCGGCGAGCACUGCUCUCCCUCGCCCUCUCGCGCCGUGGCUUGAGGCUGCGAUGGGGAGGGAAGUGUGGACCUCUGCUCCAGAUACCUGGACAGCCGGCAGCGACAGCAGUGGUGGCAAUGCGAGCUCCGUUGCAGUACAAACUCUGAGGCACGUCGUUGCAGAGUGGCUGUCGCGGCGUGGCGUCACUGUCACCGCCACCACACCAACCGGCAGCCGUGCGGUGCCGUUGCCAGCGCGCGAUCUUUGCCUGUCGCGAGGAUCGAACCGCGGUGUGUCCGCCUCUCCCAAGUCAGUCAUGCUCUCCGACUGCUACUCUGCGCGUGCAGGGUCUCCCGCGCCGCGUGCGGGCACACGGCGGCAACCCAUGACUACCGCGAGGUCCACCGGCGCUGCGACUGCCGCCGUCUCCAUCACCUUUGAGCCCUUUGAGCCGCACGACACGCCUCGCGAUCAGCACCCCUUCUUUCUUCCGCCACUUCCCCAAGACCCUGCGUUCAUCGCCUUCGCUGUCGUGUGGCGACGCACGCUGCGGCGAUGCGUGCUCGAGCCGGACAUGCUGCGGCAACGCCUGCGCCAGGUGAUUCUCGGCUAUACAGGCCAGCGCUGCGAGGAGCUCCUUCGCGAAGCAAGGCAGCAGCAGUUGCAGCGGCAGCAAUCUGUGGACUCGUUCACCGUAGCCGGACCAUGCGAAGGGCCAUUGUCGACAAGGGCAUCAACAGACCAGGCAGACGUUAUAGGCAAGAACAGCGCCGCCGCCGAUUCCGCUCUUGGUGACGCUAUGCUCACAUCUUUGCCGUCCUUGCCCGCGGCCGCAGCGCCUCCGUCUUUACUGUUGCUCACCUGUGACCCUAUUGCUACUUCGUUCCACGUGUUGGGCCCCCGCUGCGGAGAAUGGCUGACGUCCAGCCGCGGUGGUGGCGGCUGGAGCGGCUUUCGGGGAGAGCUGUUCCGCUGUGUUGGACCGCCACCGCCGCCGUUGACGGUCGCACCAUUGUUGAGCGGUACCCGAGCUGCGCAGGCGUGUCGUCGGCUUCUGCCGUCUUCGGGCACUGCUUCCUCCGCCGUAGCCUCUGCGCCGUCCGCGGAGCAGCUCACCGAGAUCUUUGUGGACGGGGCUCUCGAGUUAGACAGCGCCGGCGGCGUUUCUUCGGCGUCGUCCGCGGCCCCCGGCUCGCGUGUUCCGCCCUUGCUGUACAGCGCUGAGGAGUUGGCAGAUCGGCUCUGUCGACUUGGCUCGGCGUUGCCUCGCUACGCCACGGAGGUGUGCGGCGACCGUCUGCGCCCUGCCGACGCGGACUUCGUGCGGGAGGUGCUGCAGCGUCACUGCCUUCCCCUUCUUCUUGCUUGCCAGCGCCGCGGUAUUCAGCAGUGGGGUCUGCGUGGCUGGAUGAAGGGCAUCGACCUGACUUUGCUGGACAACAGCGGAGCCGAGUCACGCGUGAUUACCCCGGCGAAGCUCGUGGAGCUGGGGCUGCAACAGGCCAGAUCGGCCGGCGGCCAGAAGGCCUUCGCGACGGCGACGACGUUGCGGAUGGUGAUGGACGGCGGGCUUAGUGAGGCGCUCGCGUUUUUGGAACAUGUGCAGAAGCGGCCGCAGCGCACGGUGCGGCGGCUGCCGGUGCGACGACUGGUGGGUGCCAGCGGCAGUAUCGGCAGCGGCGCCGCACCGCCACCGGCACCGGUGCUCGACUACACCGUGGCGGUGGUGGAGGCGCUGCUCCUGCGCCGCGCAGAGGAGAGUGCACUCUUCCGCAUUUUCCAAAGCCACCCCUCCGCACCGCUGCUGGCGGGAUGCGGCGUGCAGAGGCUCGCGUUGCCGCCACACGCCACCGCGCCAGAGAGAAGGCGUGGGGGUGGCGGCGGCUAUCUUCUCCCGCCGGGAUCGUCGAUGCUUCUUCUCGUGCGCACGUGCGGCGUGGCCGUGGAUUGGGAUUUGCAGGAUUGCUACGAGCGUCCGAGGUUGUCGCGGCUGCGGGAGCCGCGGCGGCUGGUGUCGCACCCCCCUCGCGACGGCGCUUCCAGCGGGGGCACGCAGCGGCUGCCACUUCCACCAGAGCUUGCGAACGCUGUGGAGCGGGUGACGCUGCAGCAUAUGCGCGGAAUGCUGCAGUACUAUCUCCGCUCGCUAGACGCCACCGCAGCGCCUUGCGCGGCCGGCCGUACCGCCGGUGAUACACCGCUUGCGAGCGGCGUAAAACGAUCAAGGACGGAUUCGGAGAGCGAGAGGGUGGAGAGGCUCUACGAGCCGCUGCCAAACACCGGCGUAGGACCUGCAGAGCGCAUAGCGGGCACGGAGUCAUCAGCAGUGGUGUCACAGGCUGACACGGGUGGUGCGUCUGUUGCGGAUAUGCCACGCACGACGUUGUUUCCUAUUGACCGCGCGGCGGUGCUGUACGUUCUGCGGCACCACCCGCAGUACUACCGGCAGGUGAAGGGGUGCGGCAUCAAGGAGGUGUACGUCGCUGCUGCGACUUUGCCCCCGGCAGAAUCGGCCGUAGUGGUAGCCCGUGCGAAUAUGGCGCCGGAUCGAACUGACGCCCUUGUCGCGGCUGCGGCCACUUCUGCAAGCCGCUUCUCCUCGGCUACUUUGGGGCCUCGCCGAGCGGCAGUCAUUGUUGAGCGGGUUUGCGGUCAAUCCGUCGAGGUGGACGUCGAGGCGUGCUACGACAAGGUGCGCGAGGGUAGGCCACUGCGCCCCUUCGUGAUGCUUGCCUAA